AUGGCGGACCGAGACAGUGGCAGCGAGCAAAGCGGAGCGGCGCUGGGCUCUGGCGGCUCCCUGGGGCACCCGGGCUCUGGCUCGGGCGGCGGCGGGGGCGGCGGCGGCGGGGGCGGCGGCGGGGCCCCGGGGGGGCUGCAGCAUGAGACCCAGGAGCUGGCCUCCAAGCGGGUGGACAUCCAGAACAAGCGCUUCUACCUGGACGUGAAGCAGAAUGCCAAGGGCCGCUUCCUGAAGAUCGCCGAGGUGGGCGCUGGGGGCAACAAGAGCCGCCUCACGCUCUCCAUGUCGGUGGCCGUGGAGUUCCGUGACUACCUGGGCGACUUCAUCGAGCACUACGCGCAGCUGGGCCCCAGCCAGCCCCCGGACCUGGCCCAGGCGCAGGAUGAACCGCGCCGGGCACUCAAGAGCGAGUUCCUGGUGCGAGAGAAUCGCAAGUACUACAUGGAUCUCAAGGAGAACCAGCGGGGCCGCUUCCUCCGCAUCCGCCAGACGGUCAACCGGGGGCCCGGCCUGGGCUCCACGCAGGGCCAGACCAUCGCCCUGCCGGCCCAGGGGCUCAUCGAGUUCCGUGACGCCCUGGCCAAGCUCAUCGACGACUAUGGCGUGGAGGAGGAGCCGGCCGAGCUGCCCGAGGGCACCUCCUUGACUGUGGACAACAAGCGUUUCUUCUUCGACGUGGGCUCCAACAAGUACGGGGUGUUCAUGCGGGUGAGCGAGGUGAAGCCCACCUACCGCAACUCCAUCACUGUCCCCUAUAAAGUGUGGGCCAAGUUCGGCCAUACCUUCUGCAAGUACUCCGAGGAGAUGAAGAAGAUCCAGGAGAAGCAGAGGGAGAAGCGGGCUGCCUGCGAGCAGCUCCACCAGCAGCAGCAGCAGCAGCAGGAGGAUACAGCAGCAGCAACCCUGCUGCUGCAGGGGGAGGAGGAGGGGGAGGAAGAUUGAUCAAACUGUAAAAAACAUAAACACACAUACACACACAAACAGAGAGGAAAAAAAAACUAUACUAUAAAGAAAGAGAGAAAAUAAAAUUUAAAAAAAUGUUAAAAAAAAUGUAACUGUUAACUCCAAGGGAGCACCCACCACCCACCGAACCUCCACCAACUGACAGUUUCUCUUCUUGACUUGCCACCCAUCGCUGGAUGUUGUCCACUUUAUCCACCAUAUAAAACAGUAAGCAGCUGCUAAAACAAAACAAAAAAAAAAAAAAAAAAAAAAAAAAAGUAAUAACAUUAUAUAUGAACUGUGUUUCCUACUUGAUUAAAAAAUAUAAAGAACUGAGUGUUUAUUUCCCUAAUUAACCAAGAACUUUUGUACACGUUUAAGCUAUUAUUAUUAAAAGUGUUUGCAAAAUGGUCAAGAUUAUAAUAUUGCUGAAUUAUAUUAAAAAAAAAAGUCCUUUUCAUGUUGAGCUAACAUUUGACUUUAGCACAAAAAAAGAGAUAUUUUAGAACACGUAAAAUAAUAUUUUUAGUUUUUUCUUCUCAUUUUGUUACCAAAUUUCAAACCUUACAUGGAGGUUAUUAUAGUAUAUUUGACACCCUAUAUACCUGUGAUUAGAGAUGUGUAUAUAUAUGAGGGCUAGGCAUGCUUUGUGUCUGAGCUUUGUCUAAAUGUUAUGCAGAAGUUUGUAGAGUUAAAAGGUACGUAGGUUUAAUUCAUGCAAGGUAAACAAUAAGUGCUCUCUUUUAUACAAUAUGCAUUGCAUCUGGACCUUAAACAUAUAAAAAUGGUCAGUGAAACUUCUGUGAACAUGAAGAAAAUUAUUAAAAAAGGCAUUUAAAUGAAAUUUGCUAAGUUGUGAUUUUUACGGUUUGAACCAAAGUUAUUCAAAUAGUAAAAAAAAGAAAAAAGAAAAAAAGAAUAUCUCCUCCCAUAAUAUUUUUCUGCUCCUGUUUGGUUUACAACUAAGUAGGCGUAUUGUCAUUAUUGUGUAUAUGAGAUGUACUUGUAUUGUUCAUAAUAUAUUUUUUUUAUUAUGUGUAGAAAGACUUAAAGUACUUACCUUAUGUGCAGCAAUUUCCAGUGAACCUGUAUUUGGACAACAGGUAGUGAGUCUUUGUGUGGUCACUGACACUAGCACUGUUUCCUAAACUUGCAAGAGGUCUGAAGCUAUCCUUUGAUUUAUGCCAGUGCUAUUAAUUUAUGUAGGCCUGUUAGAAACCAGUGCAACACAAUUAUAGAGUUAUCCUACUGAGCCAUGGAUUUUGAGUUUCAUAUAAAAGUGAAAGCCAAGUUGGUGUAUGUAAAGGAUUUCCAUGUAGCUGUGGUGCUAGUUAUUACUGGCUACAUUAUAUUCUAAGUGUAUUUGUGACCCCAAGUGUACAAGCCUCCUAUCAAGUUUGUUCUUGUAACUCUUAUAUUCAAGGUGUAGGGUAUGAAAAUGCAGAACUUAGGAGAGCACUGAUUUGUCAGCUGUUGUCCUCCAAACUGAAGUUAUUUGUAACUAUAGACUUUUACAGGUUUUCCUUUAAAGAUGUUUGUGUGCUUUUAAUUGACAACUAACUUCUUGCUGCUGUAUAGUAAAAUAUUAAUAUAUUUUUAUCAUUAAACUGCUGCAUGACUAUCAUCAUUGAGUGAAGAGAAAAUGUUAUAAAAAAGAUGCCUUAAACAGUACAUUUUUGUUCAGAAUUCUGUAGAAAGCGUUUAAGUAAAUGGAGAAUCUUGUCUGACUCAAAGUUCUGGGGAUGAAAUAAUUUGUUUCUUGACAAAUCUAACCAUGUAGAUCUAACUGCUGUAUAUAGAAGACACCACCUGUAGGAACAGGAAGGUAUCUGUGCUUCUCAAUGAUUGUAAAGCAUUGGCCUAGGAAGGUGAAAAAGUUGUCUAAAGUAACUUUUCUGCUGGUUCAUUUGGUUUUAUUUUUAUAUUUUUAAAGUUCCCUGGUUGUGUUUUUUCUUUGUUUUUGAGAUCUACUGUAUUUGUUGGAUAAACAAGCUAUUUCCAUUGUACUGUGCAUUUCUCUUUUAAAUAAUUUGCUUUUAGUAUUCAUGCAAUGUUAAAUAUGAUAUGACCUUACAGUAGUUAGGAGUUUCUUUUACUUAAAAAUCACUGGAAAUUAUUAAAUUGCUUUUUUUCUCCCCAA